UUUUUAAAUUAAUUUUCUUAGAUUUAUUCAUUUAGCAGACGAGGUCUGAAAUCGUGUUGGAACAAUGUUGGAUUAUGUAAGCAGGCUGGUCGUUACUGAAGGGUCCUCACUUGCGCGCAUUGACGUGUUGAAGGAUGCGCGUGUCUGGAGGCGAUCUUCGCGCCGAAUCUAUAACCUACACAAGUUGUGAAGCUUUCAAGAGGGACAUUUACACGGGUCGCAUUUAAUAGACAACGUAGUGAUUUACUCAGUCUGUGAAGAAGUCUUACCUGUAUCCUUUUAAAGAGUAGGCUAAGUGCUUUUGGAUCAUGCAUCAUCCACUGAAGAAGUGAUCAAGAGGACAAAGGUGAAUGAACAACUGGGAACUGCUGUUAUUUCAACCUGUUAAUGGCUUUUUGGCAAAAGGUGCCUGUGUUUGCUGUCACCAUGGACUAUCUACAUAACGAAUCGUGGAUAAACAUGUCUUUAGAUGCAUCCGCGUCAUCGUUCAGUGGACUCGAGCUCCUGAUGGACCUGAAGCCGCUCUUCAUCCCUCUUUAUGCAGUGCUAGUCCUGGUAGCGUGCUCUGGAAAUCUUGUCCUCCUCAUCCACAUCGGACUGAACAAGAAACUUCACAGCACCACAAACUUCCUCAUCGGAAACCUGGCCCUGGUUGACCUGGUUAUGUGCCUGUUCUGCGUUCCCCUGACCGCGUUUUACGCCUUUGAUGAGCGCGGUUGGGUUUUCGGACAGUUCAUGUGUCAUUUUGUUACCCUGAUGCAGACUGCGACUGCGUUUGCGGCAGUCCUGUCAUUAACCGCCAUCGCGGUGGACCGAUACGUGGUGGUCGCCUACCCAAUUCGGCGGCGAGGAGGUCGUUCCUUCUGCGUCUGGUUGGUGGUCAGCGUAUGGCUCUGUGCUUUGGCAAUGUCCACCCCCACUGCUUUGCACACGGUGUACCUGGACCUGAGUGCAACUGGCCACGAAAUGGCAGUUUGUGAGGAGUUCUGGCACGAGCAGGAGCUCGGUCGUCUAAUAUAUUCAUGUUUCUUCCUGCUUCUUUCCUAUUUUGUUCCUCUAGCAGCAGUUUCCAUUUCCUACUGCGCAAUCUCCUGCCACCUGCAGCACAGAGCUACUCGGCUCAUGGCCGCUACACCUUCCAACCAGGAAAAGUGGGGGCGCAAGAGACGCAAGACUUUUCGUCUCCUCCUGGUGUCUGUGCUGUCAUUCGCGUUCUCCUGGCUCCCCUUGCAGGUAGUCAACCUCAUUCGCGACCUGGACACGGACUUCGCCAUCCUGAGCAAGAAUCACGUCAAUGUGAUACAGGUGUCGUGCCACUUGCUAGCCAUGAGCUCGGCUUGCUACAACCCCUUCAUUUAUGCUUCUCUUCACAAGAAGUUCCUGUCAUAUCUAUGCCAGAACUUAUUUCAAAGAAGAAAACCUCAUCGUACUCAGAGCAGCCUCACAACCUCCAUCCGAAUGAUCCGCAUGAAUACUUCUAGUACUCUAGAUGACAUUCCCAUGGCCAUUAGUAAGAUUUCACAAGAUUGAAUCUUCACCACACAGUUGUUGCUUCUUUAGGUGCUAGAACUGAACAGCCUGAAGGCAAAUUCUGUACCACCACAACUGUUUUGUUAAACCAAUGAUUCUUUUUCUUAAAGCUAUAUGAAAUUAGUCAUUGAGCCCUGAGGGGAAAUGUUUGUAUCUGCUAGAAAUGUUAAACAUGUGAACCGAUUUUUCAUAUCUCCUGGCCAGUAGAUGGCGCUGUGCCAAAGCUACUGGUGUACCCUCAGGUCAUGCUUGUGCUGACUUGUACCAAGUUGUGCGUGAAUAUGCUAAAGGCUUUGCAGAGAUAUAGCCUCACGUCCAUUUUGGCUUGCUCUUUGUCUAAUUCGUUUGUGCGCUAUAUUGGUACAUGAUUCCAUAACUUUGUCGGCAUGGUCAGUUUGCAUUUGUUUCUUACUGUUUAUCAAAAUUCCUACUACGAAUACACACAGGUGGUAUCUAUGAAAAAAAAAAAUCAUUGUGCUUCUGUAUUCAUUUAGUGGUAUUUUAAGGCAAUGUAUUAAUUAUGCAUGUCCAUUAGUUUAAUGUGAAGCACUGCACUCAAGUGUCCAUUAGAGGUUUACUUAACAAAAACCCUUCUGUAAUACAACUCAGUAUAAUACAUCAAAUAAUAAUUCAAUGCAAUAAAGGUGUAGCAAGUUAAGCAUGCAUUCUCAGUAUAUUCUUUGAUAACACGUACAUUUAAAACAUUGGUAACGCAUUAAUAAGGUUCCAUUUGCAUUAGUUAACUAGUUAUGAACUAAUAUUACUUCUAAAGCAUUUAUUAACCUUAGUUCAUGUUCAUUUCAACAUUUACUAAUACAUUUUGUAAGACUAAUGUGACGAACACGGACUAAUGGGAACUCCUGUAACAAUUAAUUAAAUUUACUAUACGUAUUACUUUUUGUUAGGUAAUGCGUUAACUAAUGGGACCUCAUGGUAAAGUGCUAAAUGUUU